UCUGCAUCCUUCUUCUCUGCUACUUACCAUCAUUUUCUAAUACAACAGGCAAAAUACCAAACGAAUGAAGUAUACUUGACUUGAGAGCAGCUCUCUCUAUCUCUCUAUCUUUUGCAUAAGAAUGAUGUUGAAUUUGGACGCAAAGGAUACAAGCUGGUGGGUGUUUACACUGCCAGCUUUUCUCGGUUCCAAAAACCUUCUCAACGGAAAUGUUUUGUUCGCGAUCUUUAUGGCGUUCGUGUCCCUUGCGCUUCUCACAUGGGCUUUCGCGGUUGGUGGGAUUGCAUGGAAAAACGGGAGGAACCAAAAAGGUCGUCUUUCCAUUCCCGGACCUCGGGGUCUUCCCAUCCUUGGGAGCCUAUUCACCCUCAGCCGUGGCCUGGGACAUCGCUCCUUAGCAGCAAUGGCCUGGAGCAGAGGUAACGCUCCCCUCAUGGCUUUUAGCCUCGGCUCAACUCCUGUGGUCGUGGCUUCCGACCCCUGCACUGCCCGAGAAAUCCUGGCAUCCCCGCACUUUGCUGACCGCCCGCUCAAGCAGUCUGCUAAGAGCCUCAUGUUCAGCCGAGCCAUUGGGUUCGCCCCCAACGGCGCCUACUGGCGGCUUUUGAGACGGAUCGCUUCGUCCUACCUCUUCGCGCCCCGUCGCAUUAUGGCCCACGAAUCUGGCCGGCAGUUAGAGUGCGCCGCCAUGCUCAGCAACAUAGCAACCGAACAAGAACUCCAUGGCGCCGUAUCUCUAAGAGAGCACCUCCAAGCUGCCUCUUUGAACAACAUCAUGGGGAGCGUUUUUGGCAAAAGGUAUGACCCGGCACGUGAUAGUGAGGAGUUGGAAGAUCUCAAAGACAUGGUCCGAGAAGGUUUUGAGCUCUUGGGCGCUUUUAACUGGUCUGAUUAUCUUCCGUGGAUGAGUUAUUUCUAUGACCCGUUUCGUACAAAUGAACGUUGCUCCAAGCUGGUUCCCCGAGUCAGAAAACUCGUCCGAGACAUAAUCGAGGAACACCGAGUCAAAAGAUCGACAAAGAUCUCUGAUGAUGCUGACUUCGUUGAUGUUUUGCUUUCUCUGGAAGGCGAAGAGAAGCUUAAAGAGGAUGACAUGGUUGCUGUCUUAUGGGAAAUGAUAUUCAGGGGCACUGACACAACCGCCCUGUUGACUGAGUGGGUGAUGGCCGAGUUGAUAUUACAUCCAGAGAUCCAAGAAAAGCUACAGAGAGAAAUGGACAGCGCGGUGGGAAAUAGAACUGUAAGAGACGCUGACGUGGCAGCUCUACCCUACCUGCAGUCUGUGGUGAAAGAAACUCUCCGUGUACACCCGCCCGGCCCACUUCUCUCCUGGGCCCGGCUGUCCACAUCGGACGUCCAGCUCAGCAACGGUAUGCUUAUUCCCGCGAACACAACCGCCAUGGUGAACAUGUGGGCCAUCACCCACGACCCGCACGUGUGGGAGGACCCACUGGAGUUCAGGCCGGAGAGGUUUCUGAAGACCGAGGUCGGCGGUGCAGACAUGGACGUGAGGGGUAGCGAUACGAGACUGGCACCCUUCGGCGCAGGCCGUAGGGUGUGCCCGGGCAAGAACCUAGGGCUCGUUACGGUCACACUCUGGGUGGCCAGGUUGGUGCAGGAAUAUAGGUGGGUUCAAGACGACGUUCACCCAGUUAAUCUCAGUGAGGUUCUGAAGCUGUCUUGCGAAAUGAAGUAUCCUCUGCAUGCUAUAGCUGUUCGUAGGAAUGUCGCUGGUAUUUGCUUUUAAGCUAGGUUUUAUUUUAAUUCGUUAAUGGGUGUUAGGGUUUGAUGUGGAAGCUAGCUGUAUUAUAUCUUGCUACAAUAUACUGGAUUCCUGUUUUCCGGACGUUCUUGAUUAUUAGUAUGUGGUUGAAGUUAGGGGCAGGUAUGGUCUUAAUGAGUGGAAAGUUGGGCUCCAGUUUUGGAAGGGUUUGUUUGGAGUCCUACAUUUUGUUAAAGCAUAUAUGUAUAAUAUAGGUGGUUGAAUUACUAAUUUUGCAGUGAA